UACCAAUCUAUUAUAUAUAUAUAUAUAUAUAUGGCUAACUCUUUUCAUUAACCAAUAUUGCAUUGCCAAACUUUUUCAGUACAAUUUGCUUAACCCUACUAGUCUUGAGCAAGAAUGAAGAACACGAGCAUGGCAUCUCUCUUGGGCAUCUUCUCCGCUUCUGCGGUGGUCAUCUUGGUCGCCAUGAGCGUGGCGGUCAUGGCUGUGAAAGAAUUCAAAGUGGGCAAUGACUUGGGUUGGAUGGAACCUGAUGCCAACAACACUGCAAUCUAUAGUCAGUGGGCUGAAAGCCACAGAUUUCAUGUUGGAGAUUCUCUCUCUUUUGAGUACAUGAAUGAUUCGGUUCUUGUGGUGGACAAAUAUGACUACUACCACUGCAACACAAGCGAGCCUAUCACUGCCUUCAACGAUGGGAAGAAUACUGUAGUCAAGCUUGAUAGGCCUGGGCCUUUCUACUUCAUCAGUGGGGCUCCUGACCACUGCAAGAACGGCCAGCGGUUACUUGUUGAUGUCAUGUCUCCCCACGGACCGCACCCGAUUGCUCCGUCUCCUCCGUCCACUGCCUUUCCCCCUGAGCCAGACAAGGGGCCCUCUCCUUCGCUACCACCAAGCUCAGGAGUUGUAGUUUCAGCCACGCUUAGUUCAGUCUUUAUGGUUCUUAUUGCCGGAUUUGUGCCUCUUCUAUGCUCUGCAAUGUAGCUUCUUUUUAUGCUAUUUUUGAAUGCUUUCGUUGGCUUUCUUAGCUUAGUUGGUUUUAUUCACCAUAUAUUGAACAAUAUUGCUGGUUUUAUUAUGUUUGACACUCUUGUUUAAAUGUUCUUCUGUUUUC